CACGUUCACGCAAAGUCUGUUUGGAUUCUGGAGCUGCAGCAACAUGAUCAGGACGGGAGGUUUCGGGGUUUGGAUGUGCACGCUGGCGGCUCUGUGCACGGCCCACACGAGAGAUGAAGAAAGAAACUUUUUUAGUUUCUCUUCUUCUUCUUCGUUCUCGUCUUCUUCCUCGUCUUUAUCCUCGUCUUCAUCUUCGUUCUCCUCCUCCUUUGAAAGUUCAGGUGUGGUUUGUCUGAACGGAGGCAGCUCGGUUCCUGCACUGAUUUCUGGUGAACACAUGUUCUGCUUGUGUCCUGACGGCUUUGAAGGGAAACACUGUGAGAACGCAAAACCCGGUUUCUGCUACGAAGGCGUCGGGUUGUACUACAGAGGAACCGUUUCCAGGUCCGUCAGCGGACUCCCGUGUGAGCAGUGGGACCAGAACACCAGACAGAGAUAUCUGAGCUCAGACGUCAAGUCAGGGAGACACAACUACUGCAGAAACAUUCACUACCGACGGCGUCCGUGGUGCUACGUGUGGAAACACCAGCAGCUGCUGUGGGAGUAUUGUGAUAUUCCUCGAUGCAGCGUCGGCCUACUUCCUGCCCCACCUUCACCUUCACCUUCACCUGCCCCCGCCGAGCCAGAACCAGCUGCUCAUGCGACUUGCGGCCAACGCUCCAGACGAAAGCUGAUGAAGAUCGUGGGUGGAACAGUCGCCACUGUGGAAUCCCACCCUUGGGUUGCCGCCAUAUUUUGGCGUAGCAAAUCCAAGGAGAGGGUUUUCCGCUGCGGGGGAAGUCUGAUCUCCGGCUGCUGGGUCCUCACGGCCGCCCACUGCUUCCCCGACGGCUCUGACAGUAAAGCGCGACGUUUCUCCGUCGUCCUGGGAAAGAACGCCCUGAACGAGAGCGACCCAGCUGUGGAGCAAACGUUCAGGGUGGAAGAAGUCCACAUCCACGAAGGGUUCGACAACAGCGAGGGAAACUUCAACAAUGACAUCGCCCUGCUGAAGCUGAAGGCCCGAGGAGGCCAGUGUGCUGAGGAGUCCGACUCGGUGAGGCCCGUCUGCCUGCCGCCGCCUCAGCAGAACCUCCAGCCCGACGUCACCUGUGAGAUCGCUGGAUACGGGAAAGAAAACUACGGUUUGUGGUAUAAGUCUCAGUAUCUCAGGGAGGCUCUGGUGAACCUCAUCGCUGACGACGUGUGUCGAGAAAAGGAUUAUUAUGGAAACAUGAUCACCGACAACAUGUUCUGCGCUGGGCGGCCCGACUGGAGCCAGGAUGCCUGCGAGGGCGACUCAGGAGGACCUCUGGUGUGCCAAGCCGACAACAAGUUCUUCCUGUUCGGGGUCAUCAGUUGGGGCGACGGCUGUGCAAAGGAGCGCCGACCCGGCGUUUACACCAGAGUGACCAAUUACAACAGCUGGAUAGCAGAGAAGACGGGCCUGACGUCCAUCGCUGCUGGGGCCAUGUUCCCUCAGAAAUGACUCUGAACUGAGCUUCUGCUUUCAUGCUUUGGCACAAUAAUAAGUAUUUCUAUAACAAACCCCACAAAAGGACCCAAACUGGCAGCAAGCACUGAGUGUCUAUCAACGCUACAGCUGCAGCAAUUAAUCGAUUCGUUGUCAACUUUCCCCAACUAUUCUGAUAAUUUAUUAAUUUGUUUUGAACAUAGACUGUAUAAAAGAUG